AUGGGGUCGUUCUUAGUGAACGGCAUCUCAGCUAUGGUAUUAUUUGAUUCGGGGGCUACCCGAUCAUUUGUGUCGCUCGCGCUUAGCAAGCGAUUUACCAGGGCUCCGGGGGAGCUGGAUUAUCCACUCGACGAGGAGAUAGUAGAUGAUAGGACCAUCAGGGUCGCAAGAGUUCAUAAAGGAUGUACACUGCAGUUAUUUGAUGAGCAGUUCCCAAUAGAUUUGGUUCCUAUUCCCCUGCGAGGGAACAAGUUGGUGAGGGUUCGCACUCCUAGUGGGGGAGAGUUAGUGAUUCAGGGCGAGAGGCCACAACGCAGACUGAUUCUUUGUGCAACAGCGAGAGCGAGGCGCUAUUUCCAGCAGGGUUGCACGGGGUACGUCGCCUAUGUUAUGGAUACUCGGAAUAAGGGUAAGGCGACGGUUGAUGAUGUACCAGUGGUACGAGAGUACCCGGAUGUAUUCCCGGAGGAUUUGCCUGGGAUACCUCCUGAGAGACAGGUUGAGUUUCAGAUUGACAUGGUUCCUGGUGCGGCUCCGAUAGCCAAGGCACCGUAUCGGUUGGCUCCUCCCGAGAUGUAG